CCAACAUACUGACCGCAUUUCGACCUUGUGUCGCUUCUCAUUCUUGGUUCUCGCGGGGAGUUAUUUCCUUCUUUUUCGCGCGCGCCGUAUGAAGACAGGGUUCGAGAGAUUACGUCGUGCGGACCGUGUCGCCAGGAAGCAGCAGAUGUGCCGCCCGGGCUGAGCUCAUGGUGUUGGUAAGUUGGCGUUCCGGUUGGACAGCCGUUCCGAUAGAUAUAAGACCGCAUGAGCUCGCUGUCACAAGAAGAGAUAGAUGCAAUCGAUAUCGCAUAGUUCUUGGUGUACCCAUCCCAAGCUUUCACUUGGCUCUUGCUGCAUUGCCAUCCCAAAGCUACUCCCACCGCAUCUCACCUUGACAUUAAUCGGAUCACGAACAGCCGACAACUUGCACCUGCCAGUCAGCCUGGAACUUACCUGACAGCUUCCACAACUUACCUCAACUCGGCAAAGCAUCCAGAUAUCUCUACCGAAGAUGUCCGAGAUCAGGACCAUUGCCUUCUUCGGCGCCUCGGGCGGCUGCGGUCUCGCCGCCCUCAAACACGCCCUCGCCGCCGACCGGACCUGCAUCGCCCUGUGCCGCAACCCCUCCAAGCUCACCGACGUUCUGCCCCCCGCCCAGUACCCGAACCUCAUCGUCAGGCAAGGGAACGCGCACGACGCCGCCAAAGUCGGCGCGUGCCUCGUCGACCCGGCCGACCCCGCGCGGCUCGUCGACGCCGUGAGCUCCAGCAUCGGCAGCCCGCUCGACGUCGCCCGGAUGACGGUGGAGGACCCGGACGUGUGUAAGAACGGCGCCGCGGCGCUGCUGGCGGCGCUUGAGACGCUCAGGGCGCGAGGGGUGCGCGGCCGGCCGCGGCUGGUCGUGGUAUCGACGACGGGCAUCUCGGGGCACGGGCGGGACGUGCCGCUUCUGCAGGUGCCCAUGUACCACAUCUUGCUGAGGGUGCCUCACGCCGACAAGAGGGCGGCAGAGCGUGUGGUGGCGGCGAGCGGCGAGGAUUUUACGUUUGUGCGGCCCGCGUUCCUGAGCGACGGCGCCGUGCCGGAUCGGGCUGUUCGCGUGGGCGUCGAGGACCCGGAGAAGGGGGUUGAGAGCAAGGCCGUUGGGUACGGCAUCUCGAGGGAGGAUGUUGGGCGGUGGAUCUUUGAGAACGUGUUGAGGGACGGCGGGAGGGUGUAUGUGAGGAAGGCCGUGACUAUUACUUGGUGACGGGUAGCGGUUUUUGAAAGCACGAUGACGGGGUACUGGGUGGAUAGCCAUAGGGUUCCCGGGGGCUACUUCGCGGUUGUGACGACGUAAAUCGGAACUAGGAAGUAUGGGUUUGAGUUGGUUUUCAUCUUUCCUCAUUGGCGUGUCCAGCCAAGGAAGGGCCUAAGGGCGUUCAAGUCGAGUUAACACCCGCCAACAAAGUCUAUCACCAGCAUCUUGUAACACCACACACCAGGUCACAGGAUCAUCUCAAGGAUUGAAUAAAUACAACGCAUAGUGGUUU